AACGUGAUAUAUGGCCUUAGAGGGCUUACAAGACUUAGAAGACAGUCUUCAUCUUCUAAGCUAGUUUUUUUAGGUUUAAGCUAGAUCUUAAACUCAAAAUCUAAGAUACAUGAAGUGGACAGGCGUAGGGAAGCCAACACGCAAAUGUUGUGAGGACUUGGAGAUGAGUUUGUCUCCCAGUAUACUUUAAUGAGCCUAUAUCAUCCUUACAAAAAUGUUGUGAGGACUUGGAGAUGCUUUUACAAAGAUUGUUUUGUGUCUUUGAAGAUUAGAGGAUGAUGACUUGUGUAUUAUAAGAUUUGUUCUACGUGUCAAAAGGACCAAAACUAAAGAGAGAGAGACUUCUUCCUCAGAUAUUUGGCAUUGCAUUUUUGAAAUGGCCGUGUCACUGUGCAGAAGUCGCACUGCUUCAUCACUCAAUUUGUUUGCCAAUACUCUUCGCCGAUUCUCUACUGGGGUGACAAACACCAGUGCUCAAAGAACGCCAGAGAGUAUAGUGAAUCAAAUGAUGUAUUCUGACAUAAACUCACGANUUGGGAGUUGCAUGCCANUGUCUGCAAUGCGAAUUGGAACAAUCAUUCACAACAUUGAAUUGAACCCAGGGCAAGGUGGCAAGCUUGUCCGAGCUGCAGGAACUAGUGCAAAGAUCUUGAAAGAGCCCACAUCAGCAUAUUGUUUAAUCCAGAUGCCCUCUGGUGUUAAAAAGUUAAUUGAUUCUCGGUGUAGGGCCACCAUUGGUGUUGUGUCUAAUCCAAGCCAUGGGGAUCGCAAGCUUAGGAAGGCUGGACACAGACGAUGGCUUGGUCGAAGACCUGUUGUUCGAGGAGUGGCUAUGAAUCCCGUAGAUCAUCCUCAUGGGGGAGGAGAGGGUAAAAGCAAGAGUGGUGGAAAAUGGGGAAGAGGAUCUCUCACUCCUUGGGGCAAGCCAACCAAGGGUGGCUAUAAGACUGGACCCCUGAAGCGCAGAAGGUAGUAGUAGUAUAUAUAGCAUUCAGUAUAGCUCCUUCUGAUGCUUCCUCAUGAGAUGCUUGUAAUAAUUGUAGAAGCUGUCAUUCCUGCUUAGAAAAUUCAUGGAAUUGAUUAGAUUCAGUCAAAGUGUCAAUUUUAUGGGUUCAAAUUUUAUUGUUGCUAAAGUAAAAUUCUUUUGCAUUUUCUCUGAACUGGUCUUGAAUUCAGCUUAUUACACUUCCAUUGAUUUGGACUAAGUUUGUUGACUUGCUUAAAUGAAACAACGCUUUUUGUUUCUUUUA